CUUGUUUAUAAAAGGAAAAUCCGAAAAGUUAUCUCGAUAACGUUGCUUAGAUAUAACUCCUACACCAUGUUUAUUCGAUUUUUGGUUUGUUUCGUAUUUGCUGUUGCUAUUGCAUCUGUAGAUUGCAACUCGGAAGGGGAUGCUCUUAUUUCGUGGAAACUCAAAUUGGUAGAUCCUAACGGUGUCCUUCAGAGCUGGGAUCCAACAUUCGUCAAUCCAUGCACUUGGUAUCACGUUACUUGCAACUACAAUAAUAGCGUUACAAGGGUGGACCUUGGCAAUGCUGGACUUUCGGGACCUCUCGUUCCCCAGCUUGGAACCUUGGCUAAUCUUCAAUAUUUGGAGGUAUUUGGCAAUAAUCUUACUGGCACCAUUCCAAUCGCGAUUGCUAAUCUAACGAAGCUUGUUAGCCUGGACCUCUAUCAGAAUCAAUUUAGUGGGCCAAUCCCUGAAUCUCUUGGAAACUUGGUGUCCUUAUCGUUUUUGAGAUUGAACAGUAACAAGUUUAGUGGCAUAUUACCAGUAAAGGUCAUUCAACUCGUUCGCUAUGGGAAUUUGAGGAUUUUGAAUGUAUCAGAUAACCAGCUAGCAGGGACUGUCCACCGUAAAACCACAUCUGGGUUUGCAGUUACUAAAAUAAUACAAGAUCCAAGGGUUCAGCAGUAAAUGAAGAUUUGGAUUACAAUACCUUCAUGCUACCGUGUGGCUUUCAAAUAAAAUUGGGAUUUCUGAAGCCCAAUAAAUCAUGGCAAUAAACCUCUAUACAUAUCUGUUUUGCAUCUAUGAUUCUAUAUAUACUUCUUUUUUAUCUUCAGGGGCCCUGAUUGGUUAAUGUAGGAAGUUCAUAUCUUUUGCAUGGCUCACUUUUUCUAUUAACUUAAAAUGAGUGUACUAUUGGCUAUGCCCAAAAAUUAUGGACUGGAUGUUGGUUAAUCGGAAGAGCUUUACAAUAAU